AGGUGAAGCUGCUGUGAAAAUGAACGACCAAUAUUCACUGAAUAACAUCGACGGCCUGCUUUUUCAGUUUGCUCUACAAACGAGGGAGCUUUCCCAAAAGAAGAAUGAAGUCAACCAACAACAUAAAGUGAGCAGAGUCGAGGCCGCUGAGAGGAGGUCGUGCAUUGAGCAAAUCCACAGAAAUAUCAAAACACUUGAGGGACAAAUCAGACUGAAGCAGAGCACUCUGAUACAUAAUAAAGAGUAUGCGAAAAGCAUGAAGGCGACUAACAGCCUGCUUCUUCAGUACGAGCAGACGCUGAAAGCAGAACUGGAGAGCAGAAACGCCAGCUACAACCAUGACCUGGAAGUCUUUGCAGAGAGAAUUGCAAGCUGCAGGAAUACCUUCCAGUCGCACAAAGAAUAUUAUUGCCAACAUCCUCUUGCUCAAAAGCUCCUGACGCUGCAGGCUGAAAAAGAGGAGAUUGAGUUUAGGAUCAAGGGUUGUGAUGAUCAAAUAACAAUGAAACAGAUGGAGCUGGACCAACCCACUGGUCCAGCCAUCGAUUCUUCUUCCACUGAGAAACCACCAGACGGUGUUUCUGGCCAACAGCCGAUAGAGGAACCAGACAAACCAUUAGAUCCUCAGACAGAGGAGGAAAGUAAUUCUUCCAUUGAUAUCUCUUCUCUUCAUCUCUACCAGACAAAGAAUGGUAAUAAAACAUUUGUAGAGGCAACUGAUGAUGAAGAGGCGUGUGAGGGAAACCAGGUUCAGCAGACUACCAUCUGCAGCCCGUCCUCAGGAGAAGAAAACCAUGAGCUGUGGGCACGUCCGCCGUUGGAUGAGCAAAGACAGCCAGAUGAGAUGCACACCGGCGAUCAGGAAACUGAACAAGAGGACCAAGUCCCGCAAUCCACUGUAUCAGCACCGGAGGUGGAGGAACAAGUAGCUCUCGAUGAAGAGCAGGCGAUGAGCGAGGAGGACCUUGGUGAGGGACUCGCUGCUUUUCCUCAGUCGUCAUCUCAAGACAACAAUCCUCAGGCGCCCCCGGUGAAAACGGCAGCUGUGCCUUCAACCCCAACAUUCCCAUUUAAUUUCAGCCCCGCUGGCUCCCCAUGUCAAGGCCCCUCCGAUAGCAAAUCUCCAGCGUUCCUGUUCUCUCUGAACUCUGAGCCGAGCACCCCGGGCUUCUCUGGGUUUGGAUUUGACGCGAGCAAUUCACAGGAGGAGGAGUCCCCUUUCGCUUUUGCCUUCCCUUUUUUCAACGAUAAGAAAACUACAGAACCAAAGUCUUCAACCAACGGGUACGUAUCUGAUGAUGUUGCAGGUCCGGAGUUCCUGUUUGGACCACCAGAGCAGAGUGAAGCCUUCCAGUUCGCCUUCGCCUCCAAAAGCCCUCAAACCACCAACACCACGGAGGACUUUCCUUUUGCAUUCAAUUUUUGAGAAUUGGAGGUCAAACAUCUGACAUGCUGAAUUAUUGUUUGUAAAACCAGUUUGUUCCUUAUUUUCUUCUCAUAUAGUAGUUGAUGACAAAUCUUAGGUAAGGGUUCACAGUUUAAAAUGGUUAUGCAACUUAAGU